AGGUUGUUAUUGUUCUUAUGAAUUUUGGGUAACGGCUUUGUGGUUUGCCCGAUUUAUGGAUUGCACAUUGCAUUAUUGCAAUUUAAGAUAUCUUUGCAGAGUACAGACUCACGGUUAACAUUUACGGCUUACUAAAUUAACUUAACAAUUUUCAUACUCGAGUACGUUAUUAUUUUAUUCUAUUAAUGAAUAGUCAUUACGUUCACUACAUUUUACUUUCCCAGUUUUCGCAGUUAAGUGUCAAUUUUACUUGAAAAUAUCCAUUGUGUGGAAAUUAAUUUACUUAAUAAUUAUGGCUAACCUGUCGAUAGCAAUGGAAAAGAAAAAAUCUAACCGUCGCUGCAAACUGUCUAUUGGAGAUGAAGAAAAUUUUGAACCCCCAAUACAAUCAUCAACUCCGUCCAAAAUGUCUAAAAAGCAUUCAAAAAGAAUUCUCAAGGAUAAUAAUUCAUUAAACAUAAGUGUCAUUAAUAAACACUAUCAAAACAAAACAAUAAAUGUAACUGAAACUGAUUGCCAACAGUACAAACCUAUAUUACCUGUUAUAGAAGAAAAUAUUAAGUAUGGUCGAGUUCCAGAACUUUUUUACAGUGAUCCAGAAGAUGAACCUACUGAGACUGAAAAUGAAACUGCCACAACAACUAAUGAUUCUGACGAUAAAUGGACCACUUUUUCUGAUGUUUCUGAAGAUAGAAGCUGUAGUAAUGUUACAGAUUUGCUAGCCGAAAUUGAAGCUGAUGUAGAUAUCAGAUUUAAAAAACCACCAAGGCGAUCGUAUCCUGGAAGAAAAAGAAACAAUAUAAGUUUGUUUGAAGAUAAAGAAGAAGAAGAAAUAGAUGUACAAAUACAAAAAAAAUGUAAAAAACAUAGGCAAAAGAAAAAGGAUCCACAGGAAGAGGCAUUUGUCCAAUCAAUGAACGAGCAUUUUGGAGAUAUUGAAUCAUUUAAUUUAGCAGUGGAAUAGUGUGAUAUAACACAUGAAUGAAAUCGAAAAAGAAGUAAAUAAUUACAUACUGAGUCUGAAUUUAAUAUUUAAAGAUUUUCCAAAAUUUGAGAAAAUGUAUUAUUGUAAUUUAUAUUUAUAUAUAUUAUUAAAUGUUUUAUGUUGUAUAAAUGUUUUUCUAAAUCUUUGUACUAAAACCAAUCUUAUAACUUUAUUAAUUUGUUUAUUAGGUUUAAGAUUAAUUAUAAUCAAUUAGAAGUAACUAAUUAUUGUUUAUUCUAAUGAUAUGUAAUAUUAUUAAGUCACUGUUCUACACAUCUAUUUACUUUUAUAGUAUUUGUGUCUUUUUUUUUUUUGUUAUUGUAUGUUCUGUGGAAAACCACAAAUUACUGAAAACCCUUACUGAAUUUACUAUAUUUGUCUGAAGUAUACUAAUGUUAAGUCAAGAGAACUAAUGAUUAUCUUCCAAAUAAUUAUAAUCAUAACUAUUCAAUUUAGUGCUUGCUAUAUAUGUCUGAUUUGUAGCCUUCAGUAUUUUGUCUUCACAAUUAUAUUGGUCUGGAUUAAAAAUUAUCAAUAAACUAUCAUAUAGUAAUAUAA